AUGGAUACUGCUCAGUGGACACAGAAUAUUACAAAACCAGCAGCUGAGAAAAAGCCAAGGCCCGAAAAGGAGCAAGCAAUCAACUGUCCGAGAUGCAACUCAACAAACACAAAAUUCUGUUAUUACAACAAUUACAGCCUUUCUCAGCCGAGGUACUUCUGCAAAACCUGCAGAAGGUACUGGACACAAGGCGGCACACUGAGGAAUGUUCCGGUGGGCGGCGGCUCACGGAAGAACAAAAGGUCUUAUAACUCUUCAUCACCGUCAUCGUUGGCGAAGAAAGCGGCCUCAAUUGGGAUUGGGCCUGAAAGUCUCGGCCCGGAAAAUUUCUCGGAUCCAAACCCUAAGUUUUUCGGCCAUCAUGAGGGCCAGGAUCUGAAUCUGGCCUAUAAUCCGGCCCAGUACAGCAUUGGGUUGUCGGAGUUUGUCGGUUAUGAUGUUCGGCCGCAAAACCCUAAUUUUUCUUCUUCGGCGCCGGUCAUGGAGCUUUUGAAGGCGGGGAAUUACGUGGGUCAGAGCCCGGUUUACGGAUCGGCCGGUGGGCUUGUUUCGGGUGAUGGGCUUGAGAUUGGUGGGCUUUUGGGUCAUGUGAAUGGAUCAACAUCAUCAUCAUCAUCAAAGAAUUUUGGCCUUUUUACUUUUGGUGAUGAUCAUCAUGAGAGGCAACAAGGUGGUGAUGAGCAAUUUGAGGAUGGUAAAGUUGAAGCAAAUGGGUUUUGGAGUGGGAUGCUAGCUGGAGGCACAUCAUCAUGGUGA